AUGUUGCGCAAAUUAUAUGAUGAAGAACAAAUAGAGGAAGAUAAAUUUGAAGAAGAGGAGGAAGAAGAUUCCGGUCCCAUCUACGACACCGAUGGAGAAGGGGAAUUUUGUGAAAGAAUAAAUUUCUUGGUUGAAGAGGAAUUUAUUGAAGAAAUUGAAGAAGAAACUAAUUUCGUGAUCGGAGAUGAAUUUGUUGAAGCAAUUGUGGAAGAAAUCAAUUUUGUUGAUAUGGACAAAAUUGUUGAAGAAAUUGUGAUUUUUGUUGAACAACAAAUUUCAUUCCAAGAGCUUACAACCACGAGAACAAAUGACUAUCUUAAAGAAAUCCAAAUUGGAAGCUUCAUUGAUCAAGAAGGUUUAUUCGUUUUUCAUCUUCAUUUUCGUUUCAAAGUGUGGGAGAUUUUUACACUUUGGAGGCCAUGGAAUGCUUAUAUUUUGCAUUUUGAAGGCCUUGGUGAGAGGUUUGAUUUUACUAAUUAUGAUCUUAAUGAUGAUGUUUUUGUUUUGUCUUCAUUCAUUGAUCAAAAGGAGAAAAAAGACUUGUGUAUUACUUUUGAUAAAAAGUUUUGUGCAAUUAGAGAUGGAGACUUUUCAUUCGUGGCUCAAAAACAGCAAGACCAAUUAUUUUUGGAUGAUGGCAGAAUUUUGUACCCUUCAAAAGACAUUAUGAUGAUUUCCAAAAAAAUAUGUGUUCAUGGUGGUAUCAAUCAGUCACCAAAAGAGGCAUUGUGUGGCAAUUCUUAUGCCUAUUUUCUAUGUUAUCCACAAACAAAACAUAUUUUCAUUAAUUCUUCAUUCAUUGUUCAAAAACACCAAGACCGACGGCGUGAAGUUUGUUGGGAACGAAAGAAGAAGGAUGGUAUCCAUCUUUUUACAAACCAUCUUUCUAAGAGAAAAUAUGAAGAUGCAAGUCCUAAUUAUUUACAUAGGAGGGAGCUCAUGAUGUUUGGACUCAUAUUCUUUUGGUGUGCCUUUAAUUGGGAAGCCGUGAUAUUGGGGCAUGCUGCUCAUCAACUUACAAAUACAAAAUGA